AUGGACUCUUUAUACAGCUGGAAUGAUUCAACGAAGAUUGGCAUUGCUCUUACCUCGCUAGGAGUGUUCUUCAACUUUAUAGGCAUCGUGAUGUUUCUGGAUAGUGUUCUUUUGACUAUGGGAAACGUUCUUUUCGUUGCUGGCAUCGCAUUAGUUAUGGGUCCAAGUCGAUUCAAGUCCUUCUUCCUGUUUCGCCGCCGUGCGUCCUGCUGCUUCUUCAUUGGGAUGCUUCUCAUCAUGUUGGGACGGUCACUCAUAGGUCUCAUGAUACAGGGGUUUGGUACCCUGAACCUCUUCGGAAACUUCUUUCCGAUGGUAGCGCGCGUUUUAGAGUCUGUCCCGCUUCUCGGACCGGUAAUGCUUUCGCCGCCCGUACAAAAGUUAUUGUCAUUGCUCGGUUUGCAGGCCCGGGGUAACCGAAAUGUGUAA